UCCCAACAUUUGUUUUGUUUUUCUUUUUCUUUUUUUUUUUCUUUUUUUUCCCCAUUGAAUACACAUUCAUUCAUUCAUCGACACCAAACCCCUUAGCCCUCUCUGAAGCCUCAAGUAGACAAGUAGUAUUUCUUCAAUCAUUGAGCUUCAUCCACAUCACACCACAAAUGGGUUCUGUAAACAAAGACCAUGAACCACUCCUAGCUCCUCUUCAUCACCACCGAUCAUUCACCGAAGCUGGUGCCGGAGAUGGAGAACUUGAAAGGAUACUCUCCGACACCUCCCAGCCACUCCUCAAGCGCCUUGGACCCGCCACGUGGAUCGAGCUCAAGCUCCUCUUCUUCUUGGCUGCUCCGGCCGUCGUCGUCUACCUCAUCAACUACCUGAUGUCUAUGUCCACGCAAAUCUUCUCCGGCCACCUCGGCACCCUGGAGCUGGCUGCCGCUUCCCUUGGCAACACCGGCAUCCAAAUCUUCGCUUAUGGACUGAUGUUGGGAAUGGGGAGUGCUGUUGAGACGCUAUGCGGGCAAGCAUUCGGUGCUCAGAGAUUCGAGAUGCUUGGGGUGUACCUUCAAAGAUCAACGGUGCUGCUUUCACUAGCAGGUGUGGUGUUAACGGUGAUCUACGUGUUCAGCGAACCAAUCCUGGUGUUCCUGGGAGAAUCACCAAGAAUCGCAUCAGCGGCAGCGCUCUUCGUAUACGGACUAAUCCCUCAAAUCUUCGCGUACGCGGUGAACUUCCCGAUUCAGAAGUUCCUUCAGGCGCAGAGCAUAGUGGCGCCGAGCGCGUACAUCUCGGCGGCGACGCUGGUUCUGCACCUGAUAGUGAGCUGGGUGGUGGUGUACAAGGUGGGGCUGGGGCUUCUUGGAGCGUCGUUGGUUCUGAGCUUGUCGUGGUGGAUAAUUGUGAUAGCGCAGUUUGUGUACAUUGUGAAGAGUGAGAGGUGCAAGGACACGUGGCGGGGUUUCAGUACGCAAGCGUUCUCCGGGCUGCCGCAGUUCUUUAAGCUUUCGGCGGCUUCGGCGGUGAUGCUCUGCCUUGAGACUUGGUAUUUCCAGAUCCUCGUCUUGCUUGCUGGCUUGCUCCCUCACCCUGAGCUCGCCCUCGAUUCUCUCUCCAUCUGUACCACAAUAUCCGGGUGGGUGUUCAUGAUAUCUGUUGGAUUCAACGCAGCUGCCAGCGUGAGGGUGAGCAAUGAACUGGGAGCAUCAAAUCCAAGAUCAGCAUCAUUCUCAGUGGUGGUUGUGACAAUAAUUUCAUUCAUAAUAUCAGUGAUUGCGGGACUUGUGAUACUUGCACUGAGGGAUGUGAUUAGCUAUGCCUUCACUGAAGGGGAAGAGGUGGCUGCUGCUGUAUCUGAUCUUUGCCCUCUCCUCUCAUUUGCCAUUGUCUUGAAUGGCAUUCAGCCCGUACUCUCAGGGGUGGCUGUUGGAUGUGGAUGGCAAACAUUUGUGGCAUAUGUCAAUGUUGGUUGCUACUAUGGAAUUGGUAUCCCAUUGGGUGCCCUUCUCGGCUUCUAUUUCAAUUUUGGUGCUAAGGGAAUAUGGCUGGGAAUGUUAGGUGGAACCGCAAUGCAAACAAUUAUUUUGGUGUGGGUCACAUUUCGAACCAAUUGGCAUAAAGAGGUAGAAGAAGCAGCUAAGAGGUUGAGCAAAUGGGAGGUGGAGAAGAAUAAGCCAAUUCUUGACUGAAAUAAUUUUGA